AUGUCGAUCGUUGCUAUCAAAAACGCAGUCGUUAAGCUUGUAACCAAAAAUUCGGAAGAUGCUCCUCUUUUGACCAACGAUGGCUCUCCCUCCCAGCCAAAUGCAGAUAUCUCUUACGGAUCGUCAAAUGUUAGCGACGAAGAACGCGGGAAACUCGAAGACAAGCGCGAGGAGCGUAGAGGCGGACUUUUCGGGUCUGUAGAUCCACGACUAAUGAGCGAUCUGAUCAUAGGGUUGAGUGACGGUCUUACGGUGCCGUUUGCACUCACAGCUGGUCUGUCAUCCCUUGGAAACUCCAAAUUGGUCAUUACUGGUGGAUUCGCCGAGUUGGUUUCCGGCUCGAUUUCCAUGGGCCUAGGGGGUUACCUCGGGGCCAAGAGUGAAUCCGAUUACUAUCAUGCGGAGGUGAAACAGGAAAAACGCAAAUUCUACAACAAUAUGAAUCUGAUAAAUCACGAAAUCGAGGAUAUUCUGCUGGAAAUUAAUCCGAAUUUCUCAGACGAAACAGUUGUAUCUUUUAUCAAAGAUUUACAAAGAAGUCCAGAAUUAAUGGUGGAUUUCAUUAUCAGGUAUGGUCGCGGCUUAGACGAACCUGCUGAAAACCGACAACUGAUUAGUGCACUAACCAUAGGCGGGGGCUAUUUUGCUGGUGGAUUCGUGCCAUUAAUUCCAUAUUUUUUCGUUGAGGAAGUAGGCUCCGGACUCGCAAUUUCCAUCAUUCUCAUGUCCAUAACGUUAUUUUUGUUCGGUUAUGUCAAGGCGUCCAUAUCCAUGAGCGACAGCUGUACGGUGGGGAGAAAGAUAAGUGAGGGUGUACAAAUGUUAGCGGUUGGAGGUAUGGCUGCUGGAGCUGCCUGGUUUAUGGUCAGAGUUAUUGACCAAUGA